UGCUUAUGAUGCUCACUCGCAAUUAGACCGAAAAAUAUUAAUUCGAAUUAUGCGAAUUAGAAAUCUCAUAGACAAACCAGUAUAAACAACUGUUACUCAGAACCGGCAGAGACAACAUAGGGAACGCGAUUAUAGGUAGUUUUUUUUUUUAAUUAACACUUCGAUCGCGUGCACCGGACUCACGCAAAGCGAAAUGUGAUAAUUUUACCUUUGUUCGAAAUGACUGGCAUAUCGAGACUAAACGUGAUUUAAAUUUUACACCUUUAAAUGCAGAGCUACUAUUAACGUUGUUAUUAUAAUAAUUUGCGACUAAUAAAAUAUAGUUCCAUUUUAACGGGUUGGCCCUACUUAUUUACAUCGACAAAUUGGGAACAUGGCGGGCAGUGCUGGAAUAUUAUAAUUAAUUUAAAAGCGAAAAAAAAUAUUUGCGCAAAUACGGGGAAUAAAAUAGGCAGCUUUUUUUAAACAACAAAAAAAGCAAUCUAAUUGAUGGGAACCUUAUUGAACUGUUAAUAGGUAUGAAAAUAGGUAUCGAUAUGAGACAGAAUCUUUCCUAAACAAGGCUCACAGUAUCCGUAUUUCUUACAAUAUACAAUAACUAGUACUUACAAAUAGUUAUAAACUAUGUUCGCAAUAAUUAAUGCAGCAUGCAGUUACAUCAUCCUUAUCUUUCAUCUAGGCGUUACAGUAACAUUUAUAACUCUAGUGUUGUAGCCACCUGUAAGAAGGGCUGGGGGAUGAGCUGUAGCGAUCGUCUGUCCGAUGCCGGUGCCGGCGCUUCAGUGCUCCGUCAUAUGGCCACGGGGUCGCACGUAUCUUGAGCGCGUCGGCAACGCUACGCACGCGGUAGAAAGUCGCGCGAAACUCGAUCGCUAAAUAGUAAUUUAAUUUUGUGUUUGAUUAUUUAAUAUUCGUGUCUUUUUUAUUUCGGAUUUAAGAACUUGAUUGGAUUUUUUUUUGACCUUGCCUUUUAAGAAUCAUUUAGUAAUAGUUGCCCAUAGUCCAGGCUCACUAGACCGUGUAAAGUUUAAUUCAGAAUACCCAAGGGUUUUAGUGGCCCAGUGUGGACACAGUGGUUCGACUACAGAGAUACAAGUACUGUGGACAUUCCGGAACAAAAACAUAAGAUUAAGUGAAAGUUCGUAAUUUCCUAUAUUUGUGUGGGAGAGGCCGAGUUAAAGUGUAAAGACAAAGAAGAGCUAAGGAACAAUGGACCACCUGUUCCGGCAACGACGGAUUAGUGUGCCCAAGAGAACGAGUGAGCUGGUCGCUCUUAUAGCAGUGUCAUGCACGUUAUUCCUGUUCCUCCACACACGAGACCUGAGCACCAAGCUACGCCGCAUGGAGGGCAGGCUUAACGAUGACGUCACAGCCUUCAAUCACCUUACAGACAGAAUGCCGACUGAACGGACGGAGCAUGCGUUCGCGUCUGCGCAGGAGUACAAAGAAGCUCUCGAGGCGAUACGCAGGCACACUGGCGCCGAGCGCAGCAAACCCCAGCGUACUCUAGAAGCAGAACCAGAAGAGAGUCAGCAAGAAGAACAGGAGUAUCUGGACGAGCUCCUGGUGCCAGAACCCUGGGAACUGAACAACACAGCCAGGGCUGGUACUGAGAUACUGUUCUUCAACAGAGUGCCCAAGGUCGGCAGUCAAACCUUCAUGGAGUUGUUACGUAGACUCUCCAAUAGAAAUCGGUUUGGCUUCCACCGCGACACGGUGCAGCGUGUGGAAACCAUCCGCCUGGCGCCCGCAGACCAGCAGGCACUCGCCAGCAUCGUGACGUCAUACGAGCCCCCCGCCUCGUACAUCAAACAUGUCUGCUAUACUAACUUUACCAGGAUGGGCUUUCCCUCUCCAAUAUACGUGAACGUAGUACGUGACCCUGUGGAGCGGGUGAUAUCCUGGUACUACUACGUGCGAGCGCCCUGGUACUACGUGGAGAGGAAGAGGGCCUUCCCUGACUUACCGCUGCCGGACCCCGCGUGGCUGAAAAAGGAUUUCGAGACGUGCGUGUUGAGCGGAGACCGCGAGUGCCGCUACGUGGAGGGUGAGACUCACGAGGGUAUCGGCGACCAUCGAAGACAGACGCUGUUCUUCUGCGGACAUGAACCUCAGUGCACACCGUUCAACAGCGUGGAAGCUCUACAGCGUGCUAAACGUGUGGUAGAACAGCAAUACGCAGUUGUCGGCGUGCUUGAGGACAUGAACUCCACUCUCCUGGCGCUAGAGAAAUACGUGCCCAGGUUCUUCAAAGGAGCACUGAACCUUUACUGGGAUCAACUGAAUACCUUCAACCGUAUCAACCGAAACGCCUUCAAACCGCCAGUCUCUGAAGCAGUAAAGCAAAUAGUUCGAGCGAACUUCACACGAGAGAUCGAGUUCUACGAGUUCUGUAAACAGAGGCUACAUAUGCAGCUGAGGGCACUAAGAGAUCCCACCAUCACCGUCCCGACACCCAGAAGUAGGAGACGAAGGGCGCAGAAGAACAGAGUGUAACCUUAGAACCAUUUGUUAGACUAGAAGCGUAUAAUCGGUCACGUUAUUGCACUCAGCUGUUCUUUUGGAGCGACUGCAAAGCUAAAUUGUAGCUGCCUGCAGUCCUGGUAUAUCAAUCCAGAACGCGAAAAGAAAGGUUUCGGAAUUCAGAUUUGAAAGUUUGAAUCUGGAGUGCAAUAAACGCGGUAACAAUUAUGGUAUUAUUGAACCUAAAAUGAAAAGUUGAAGAGCAUUGAGUGUUCACUUAAUGUAAAACAAUAUUGGAGGACGUCCAUCUUGGAUUUUCGAUUCUUGCAGUCGCUGCUUGGAAUCGCGACAUCUUCGAAUCGCGGUUCUGGUUUAACAAUGUAUUGAUCCUGUAACCAUAGCAACCUGGUGGGUAUCCCAUCGCUUCUAGACUGUUGGUUAGAAGUUAACCGCCUUAUAACGCGAGGAUUAUUAAGAUUUCGAACAUUUUAUAUCGAAUCUCAAUUAAAGUGCGAUUCAUUUAAUGUUUUUCGCUAUUUUCAAUUCGGUGAGAGACUAAUUUUGACUGUGAAUGUUAAGAGAUAAAAAUAAUGUAAACAUUUCGCUUGAGGGCCGAUUUUUCAAUCGCCAGAUAACUUUUG